GCAAUUUGCGUGAACAAAAAAAAGAUUAAUUUUUUUUCAGAAAAAUGAGCUAUUUUGAGCAUUCGGUUAAACCGAAUCGGUAUUCGAAGAGAACCAAAAAUCACGUCAAAGGGGAAAGUGGCCUUUCCUCGUCGCCAUGAGUCGCUUUAGAAUUAGAGCCAUGUGCGGUGGGAAAACAAAGCAAAUUGAAAAAAUUUCCCUGUUUUCGCUUUCAUUUCUUUGUAAUUGUAAUAAAUUAAACCUCGUGUCGUGUGUCUUCUUGCUCACCGCUCGAUUAAUCUGAUGAUGACUAUGUGUCUCAAUAGCACAUAGUUCUCUCCGCCUUUCUUGGAGAACAGAGAGAGAGAGAGGAGAGAUCUGUAAUGGCUCAGGCGCUUUUCCAAUCCUCGUUUCUUGCUUGCUCGGAUCUCUCCAGCAAUUCAUCGAAUGGAUCUGAUGUAUUUGGUUCCCAGUUGAAGAUUGAGCAGUCCCAGCUGAGAUUUUUGGGUUGUUAUAAAAGAAAUCCCACUUUGAGAUUGAAGGCCUUAAUGGAGACCCCGGGCCUAGCUCAGGAUACUGUUGAGGACAAGCCGAAAGUUGCAAGGAUGACCAAAGAAGUGUCAGAUCAUUUCAAGGAGUUGAAACACAGAUUUCUUAGUUUUAAAAAAGAUAAAUACUUGAGCAACUUAGAGCACUACAAAGGGCUGGCUGAGGCCCAGGUGCCAAAGUUCAUGGUGAUUGCUUGUGCUGAUUCGCGGGUCUGUCCCUCGAGUAUCCUUGGUUUCCAACCAGGAGAAGCCUUUGUGGUCCGGAAUGUGGCGAACUUGGUACCACCACAUGAGAAUGGACCUACGGAAACAAAUGCUGCCCUUGAAUUUGCCGUCAAUUCUUUGGAAGUCGAAAAUGUACUAGUUGUUGGUCACAGCUGUUGUGGAGGAAUUAAAGCACUGAUGAGCUUGGAAGAUGAAGUAAUUUCAAGUAGCUUCAUCCGAAACUGGGUGAUUACGGGAAAGCCUGCCAGGUUGCAAACGAAGGCUGUUGCUUCGGACCUCAACUUUGAUCAGCAGUGCAGGCACUGCGAGAAGGAAUCAAUUAAUCGGUCGCUGAUGAACCUGCUGACUUAUCCUUGGAUCGAAGAGCGGGUGAUAAGGGGGAAGCUUUCGAUCCAUGGUGGCUACUAUGACUUCACUGACUGUACUUUUGAGAAGUGGACGCUCGACUACAAGGGGAGUACCAUGCAGUCCGAGAGCUCUUGCUCGAUUAAAAACCGAGAAUUCUGGACCUGAGUUUGCUCUCUUAUACCUUAUCUUUCUCUUUUACUGCUCAGAGCAGUUCUAUUCAAGCUGUGUGUGUGAGGCUUAGAUUUUCUAUUGAAUUUGAUAUGUACAAGUAUAACUAUAAAUAAUUGUAACAAAUAUUCCCAAUAAAAAAUUUAUGUUAAUUUUGUGUUA